GCUGCUGUGCGCGGACGACCUGUGUGCGCUGCUGCGGCAGCGGGUGGCGCGGCUGCCGGUGGAGCAGCUGGAGGCGCCGGCGCUGGAGUGCUUCAAGGCCUGCUGGAGGGGGGCGCUGUGGAGCCUGCGAGAGGACGGGCGGUCCCCCCACCGCGACGAGGGCGAGCGGGCGGCACUGGGGAGGAGGCUGGGGGAGGUGCAGGCGCUGGGCCGCGACUACCUGUGGCAGAUCGUGUUGGACUGCCAGCGCCCCCCAGUCACCGCCGCCGCCUCGCACUGCCUGCUGCAGGAGCUGUACGGGGGCAGGCCGCUGGACAUGAUCAGCGACACCCGGCAGCGCCUGAUGGACGCGGCGGCCCUGCUCACCCCCGCCCCCACCUCCUCCACCCCCACCUCCACCACCUCCCCCGCCGCCUGGGCUCGGGCGUGCAGUCGAGCCACCCGCUGCCUGCAGCUGCUGGAGCAGCUGGCGGGGAAGGACGAGCUGUCCAUGCCCCCCGUCCCCGCGCACGGCCGCUCCUGGCAGGGCUCCUCGCUGCUGGUGGAGGUGGGGCUACCGGAGGCGGCGGGGCGCGUGAAGCUGGGGUGCGCGGGCAACGAGUACGUGGGGCUGCUGCGGAGGCGGGUGGCGGCAAAGAUGGGGGUGGAGCCGGCGUGUGUGAGGCUGGUGGUGGGAGGUCAGGAGCUCCGCAGCGACUCCUGCUGCCUGGCCUCCUCGCUGCCCCCCGCCUGGUCGCCGCGGCAGGCGCUGCUGGCGCACGUGAGCCCGCGGCCCAACCGCUACAGCCGCUUCGGGGAGGGGUGGUGGGCGGAGUGGCACGCGGGGAGCAGCCUGGCGCACCUGCACCACGAUG